CCUAAUUCUAAUGUGCUAAAAGCUUUAGUCAUGAAAAAUAAUAUUGUAGUAUCAAAAUGGACUAAGCCCUCUCAUUUAUGCUCUAGUUGUCAAAUGGGGAAGAGUUGUAAGCUUCCUUUUAAUAAAAAUAAUGAAAGAGCAAAAUUUCAAAAGAUGAUAGCAACACAAUUUGACAAAAACAUCAAAAUUUUUCAAUGUGAUGGUGGUGGUGAGUUCUCAAGUAAGGCUUUCAUUAAUCAUCUAGCAGCUUGUGGCAUUAAAUUACAGGUAUCCUGCCCUGGCACUCCGGAACAGAAUGGGGUUGCAGAAAGAAAACAUCGACAUAUAGUCGAGACAGGUUUGACCAUGUUAAUUCAUGCUAAUAUGCCACCCCAUUACUGGGUUGAUAGUUUCUCUACAGCAGUAUUUCUUGUUAAUAGAAUGCCUACACCUAAUUUGAACAAUAAAACUCCUUAUUUUCUCUUAUAUGGCAAGUCACCUGAUUAUUCUAUGAUAAAGGUGUUCGAAUGUAAAUGUUUUCCAUAUCUCAAGGACCAUGCUGCUCAUAAACUUCAGCCAAGGCAACAGACCAUGGUUAUAGAAAGCACGAGAGAAGAAGAAGAAAUAAAAGAUAAUAAUGCAGAGAAUAUAGAGCUCGAGGGAGAACAAAAUCUGGAAUAUGAGAGAGACUACAUCUCAACUCAAAGCACUUUGGGACCCAACAACCGGGACUCUCCUUCAAGCUCAAUUAAUCCUUUAUCUACCACUAGGAUCAAUCCAAGUCUGGUAGAAGUUGCUCAAGAAGAACCAGCUUCUGCUGAGUCUUCACAAGAACCUAUUGGAGUGCCUCCACCAUCUCAUAAUGCAACUUCAGCAUCUACUCAUCCAAUGAUGACAAGAACUCGUACAAGGACACAUACUGGCCAUGUUAAGACUUCAUUUCCAAAAUAUGCAAACACUAUGGUCACUAAUAAUAAUUCCUAUUUGAAUAAUGCAAGUAUGGACAUUCGAGAGCCGAAAACCAUCAAGAAAGCGUUACAACUCCCGCAAUGGCUAAGAGUAAUGCAAGAAGAAUUAGCUGCCCUCUACAAGAACAAUACAUGGACCUUAGUACCUCCCCCUUCAACUAACACAAACAUUGUGGGAUCUAAAUGGGUAUUCAAAACAAAGUUAAAUUCAGAUGGAAGUGUGGACAGGUUUAAGGCACGCUUAGUGGCAAGAGGAUUUUCACAAGUACCGGGGCUAGAUGUGAAGAAUGCAUUUCUUCACGGCCAGCUUAAAGAAGUGGUAUAUAUGAAACAGCCACCAGGAUUCGAAGAUCCUAACCAUCUGGGUUAUGUUUGCAAACUCAAUAAAUCCAUCUAUGGUCUCAAACAAGCCCCUAGAGCAUGGUUCGAUACCUUCACUCUUCAUUUAUUAAAGCUAGGAUUCCAUUGCAGUCAGGCAGACUCUUCUCUAUUUGUUUUGCAUAAUGGACAAGAUACAGCUUUGCUUCUUUUAUACGUGAAUGGCAUUGUACUUACUACAAGCUCUUCAUCUCUACUGCAGCAUAUUAUUGAAAAUCUUAGCACUAAGUUUGCUCUCAAGGAUUUAGGCUUUCUAAGCUAUUUCUUGGGUAUUGAGGUUACCUUGUUCUCUGGUGGUAUAUUCUUGUCUCAAGCCAAAUAUGCGAAGGAUAUUCUUACUAGAGCAACCAUGGUUGAAGCCUCCAUGAUUGCAACACCAAUGGUAGUCAAAGAACCACAUACACCGAGAGACGAGGACCUUGUUGAUGCUCAAGAAUACCGAAAAAUUCCUACCUUUGCUCACCUUCACCAAGUUAAACGCAUCCUACGCUAUAUCAAAGGGACUUUACACCAUGUCCUUAAUUUCUACUCAUCCAGUACACUAUCUCUCACUGGGUUUUGUGAUGCAGAUUGGGCAGGAUGCACCAUAACGAGAAGAAGUACUACAGGCUUUUGCAUAUUCCUUGGAGCUAAUUGUAUUUCUUGGUCUUCAAAGAAACAAUCCACCAUAGCUCGCUCCACUGCAGAAGCAGAGUAUAGAGCGCUAGCCACUACUACAGCUGAACUUGUGUGGAUCACUUAUCUUCUCCGUGAUAUUGGCCUUUCACUCCUAAAUCCUCCUCAAGUGUUCUCAGAUAAUAUUAGUGCUCUACACAUGUCUAUUAACCCUGUGUUCCAUGCUCAAACAAAGCAUAUUGAAUUAGCUUACCAUUUUGUUCGAGAAAAGGUAGCACUUGGUUCUCUGGUGACGAGGUACGUUCCAAGCAUGGAUCAGAUUGCAGACAUCUUUACCAAGCCCUUACCUCGCACUCAUUUUCAGUUCUUACGGUUCAAACUGGGCUUGGUGGUUUCUCCCCAAUCCAGUUUGAGGGGGAGUGUGAAGGAAGUUGAAUCAAGUACAGAAUUAAUGAGCAAAGAAUCAGGACCUCAGCCAACAAAGGAAACAACCAGUAAAAGGAAAAGGGAAAGUAUCUCAGGCAAUUGAAAACCAAAGCACAGUACAAACAAAGGAAACAACCAGUAAAAGGAAAAGGGAAAGUAUCUCAGGCAAUUGAAAACCAAAGCACAGUACAAGGAAGAAUUGGUGCAAUGGUCAUUUCCAUGAUCUUAGGCAAAAUUCUAGGAUCUAAAUAUAUCCCUGUAAUUAUGCUUCUGUAGCUAUAUAUAUAUACACAAGUCUUGUACAGAAAAAUACAAUCAAUACAGUUUC